AUGGCCGCCGCCAGUGAAUUCGAGAAUUCGUUCGCGUACAACGAAGGUUCCAGUCAGCUCGAGUGGGCUUGUCGGCAACUAUCAUGCUAUAUCUCUGAUGACUUUGAGACUAUCGAGACGAAGCUCCGUGAUACCAUUUCGGAAACCCUAGGAUAUUACGGGGAGGACUCAGAUACCGAGGAUGACGAAUUGCACGGUUGCUUUUUUGCUGCGCACGCCGGAGUGUUCACUGAUGAAAGAUCAGUCCUCCAAGUUGCCUUGCGGAAGAUCAUGAUUGAGUUGCAAAGUGCGAAACGGCAAGCGCAAUGGUGGAAAGCCACACACAUCGCCGAUGACAAGAGUCAUUCCGAUCGGAGGCUCACCAUUAGUGACACAGCGGCACCUACGAUCUCUAGCGCAAAGGUCGCUAAGGCACCAAGAAACUUCAGCCUGGAGGACCUGGACGACGCAAAGUUUCCUCGAAAGCUUGAAAGACUGAUGACUAAGAAGGGGCCAGAACAGAUUGCGAAGCUGGUCGCAAAGUUCGAGAUAGAGCGUGGCGAACAAAAGUGGAGGUUGCAGAACGCGUACAGGGAGAGAUUGAACAAGCAAAAGAGGAUACUCGAAGCGGAGUAUCAUCAAGGACUGACUGCGCAGACGCAGAGCCUGGAACGAGAGUUUCAAAAGAGACUGGCGGGCCUGAAAUGGAAGCGGUAG